CCUCCCAUUGGCAGGAGAGCGGCGAUCGGUGUGGAGGAUCGGCGCGGAGCGGAACGGAGCGGGUCCGGGGGGCAGGAGGUACAAACGCUCCACGCGCUCCACGCGGUGGUUCGAGAAGAGUCCUUCUGUGUGAGCAGGUGACUGUCCCUCAGGACCUGACAAUGGCUCAGAAGGUGCUGGUGACGGGCGGCGGGGGGUACGUGGGCAGCCACUGCGUGCUGGAGCUCAUCGAAGCCGGCUUCUGCCCCGUCGUCAUCGACAACUUCAGCAACGCUGUGCCAGGAGAGGGCGGUGUUCCCGAGAGCCUGCGCAGGAUAGAGAAGAUUCUCAACACGAGUGUCGAGUUCCAGCAGCUGGACCUGUUGGACCGCGCGGGCCUGGAGGACGUCUUCCGCAAGCAUGCCUUCACGGCGGUGAUGCACUUCGCGGGUCUGAAAGCUGUGGGUGAGUCGGUGGAGCAGCCCCUGCGGUACUACAGGGUCAACCUGACCGGAACCAUGAACCUGCUGGAGGUGAUGCAAGCUCACGGGGUCCACAAUAUCGUCUUCAGCAGCUCAGCCACGGUGUACGGGGACCCCCGGCACCUGCCCAUCGACGAGGGGCACCCGGCAGGCGGCUGCACCAACCCAUAUGGCAAGACCAAGUUCUUCAUCGAGGAGAUGAUCCGCGACCAGUGCCGAGCCCGCAAGGAAUGGAACGCUGUUUUGCUGCGUUACUUCAACCCCAUCGGCGCUCACUCUUCAGGAGAGAUUGGUGAAGACCCCCAAGGAAUUCCCAACAACCUGAUGCCGUAUGUCGCCCAGGUGGCCAUCGGGAGGAGGGAACACCUCAAUGUGUUUGGGAAUGAUUACAACACUCCUGAUGGAACAGGAGUGAGAGACUACAUCCACGUGGUGGAUCUGGCCAAGGGACACAUCGCUGCCCUCAGGAAGCUGCAGGGGAGUUGUGGGUGUAAGGUUUACAACCUGGGCACAGGAACUGGCUACUCUGUGCUGCAGAUGGUAGCAGCGAUGGAGAAGGCUUCGGGGAGAAAGGUCCCGUACCGCAUCGGCCAGCGGCGCAGUGGAGACAUCGCCUCCUGCUACGCAGACCCGCGACUGGCGGAGAGAGAGCUGGGCUGGAAGGCGGUCUUCGGCUUGGACAAGAUGUGUGAGGACCUGUGGAGAUGGCAGACCAAGAACCCCACUGGUUUCAACAACAGCACAGGCUCCUGAAGAUGUUUACUUCUGACCUCAGGGAUCCCAUGAGCAGGAGAGCAGCUCUCCCAAGGCCAGGCUGUGGACCAAGACACACUGCUCUGUUUACAGAUAUUUAAACUGAAGAUUAUAAAGCCAAAUUGUUUUGUAUAAUUUUUCAUACUGUGUUUAAACACCCAGCUCAUCUUCACCACAAUGUACUGGCAAGGCUGAGCCCUUGUUAAGUGCAUUGGUCUUAUGGAUUCUGCCCUGUCUCUGCUCACUCCACCACGUUCACGAGAAUGUACCUACGAUAAAGAAAUAAAAUUAUUUCCACUCCA